AUGUUGAAAGAAAUACGGGGCACAUCAGACGAACAGAAAAAACGGAAGAGGGGAAAGAAGUUUAAACCGGGGAAAGAAAUAGACACAAUAGCUAAACAGGCAGUUACACAGGAUGUACCCAAAGACAUGGGGGUUGAAUCUGAUGAUGACGAAUUGCCUUGUUCUGUGUCCGAAGGCAUGAAUAUCAGUGCUACAUCUGGUAUUAUCUCAAAAAUAAAAAGGUCCGCUCCUAAACAGCAUAAUAGCAAUAAAUAUUACGAAAAAGGCAGUAAGGAAUCGCGAUAA